UGGGUGUUUUGUGGGAGUGGGUGUGGUGAUGGUGAUGUAUAAAUUCCGCGAUUCACAGCCAUGUGGCAUCAUCAGCACCAUCAUCACCACCACCAUCACCACGAUGUCUCGUCUUUCCCCAUGGCUCUCCCUGCUAGGCGUCCUGGGCCUCCUCUCGGCGUCCGCCCCAAGCGUCAAUGGAGGACGCCCCCCGUUGCCCCGAUCGCUCCUCCAGUUCCACCAGAUGCUGCUGUGCGUGAUGCCCAACUCGUGGCCCCUGUUCAGCUUCACUCGCUACGGCUGCUAUUGUGGACUGGGCGGCUCAGGGCAGCCCCUCGAUGAGCUCGACAGGUGUUGUCAGACCCAUGAUGAGUGCUACGCUGAGACCCAGCAGCUGCCCGGCUACUGCCACCCGUUCUUCCGUCACUACGACUUCACCUGCGUGGACCACGUGGUCACCUGUGGUGAGUACUCAGUGGGUACUCAGUAGUCACCUGUGGUGAGUACUCAGUGAGUACUCAGUGGUGAGUACUCAGUAGUCACCUGUGGUGAGUACUCAGUGAGUACUCAGUGGUGAGUACUCAGUAGUCACCUGUGGUGAGUACUCAGUGGUCACCUGUGGUGAGUACUCAGUAGUCACCUGUGGUGAGUACUCAGUGGGGACCUGUGGUGAGUACUCAGUGGUCACCUGUGGUGAGUACUCAGUGGGACUCAGUAGUCACCUGUGGUGAGUACUCAGUAGUCACCUGUGGUGAGUACUCAGUAGUCACCUGUGGUGAGUACUCAGUGGGGACCUGUGGUGAGUACUCAGUAGUCACCUGUGGUGAGUACUCAGUGGUCACCUGACCUGUGGUGAGUACUCAGUAGUUACCUGUGGUGAGUACUCAGUGGUCACCUGUGGUGAGUACUCAGUAGUCACCUGUGGUGAGUACUCAGUGGUCACCUGUGGUGAGUACUCAGUAGUCACCUGUGGUGAGUACUCAGUAGUCACCUGUGGUGAGUACUCAGUAGUUACCUGUGGUGAGUACUCAGUGAGUACUCAGUGGUCACCUGUGGUGAGUACUCAGUAGUCACCUGUGGUGAGUACUCAGUAGUUACCUGUGGUGAGUACUCAGUAGUCACCUGUGGUGAGUACU